UGUGCACUCACGCCUAAAAUAUGGAAUAAUAUUCUGGGGAAAUGCCCCUGAGAGCACUCGCACAUUUAUUAUCCAAAAAAAAUAUUGUGAACAAUGACCAGCACACAAAUACUUGUUACUUAUUUACUUAAUCUUAUUUUUUGUCAGAAGUAAUCAGCUAAAGAAACAAACAAACAAACAAAAAACACACACACAACCAACAACAAACACUUUUUGACAUAGAGACACAUAUUUGUAACAUAAAAAGUAAGAAACACAAGUGUUUAUAUCAUGGGAUCCAACAUAACGGUUUAAUAUAGAAAAGAUUGCAAAAUGUCUGUUCGGUAAUGACAUCACCAGGAGAACAUAGUCCAAGAAAACUCACAUUCCUUUACACUAUGAUAAAUCUUUUUUGAGACAAGAUUCUAUAUAUCUACACUCAACUCCGCCUGUGGCUGUUGGUAUUUGAGCUGAGUUAUUUGAUGCACCUGAGGGUGUGCUGAACAGCAUUGGGACAAUGGCCACUGCCAGUCCCAUGCUCACAUGGAGGAUGAUCUAUCUACUUCAAGUACAGCAUUUCUUCCACUUACGUUUGCUAUGAUCUCUUCUGUUUUUAACUCCCACAUUAUUAGGUUUCAAGGACUAUGGAGUCAUUUAAUUUUCUUUUCUUCUCUUUCCUCCUACUUAAUUCUUUUUAUUUCUUUCCUCCCCUCUGCUGUUUUACUUUAUUUUUCUCUUCAUUAUCCCAAGGCUGUAGGUGUGAUUCUUGAACCAAAGUGAAGGGAGAUGUCUGGUAGUGAAGGCAGACCUAAGGAGAUGUCCUGUAUAAAACAUGCUCAGAAGAAGAGAGGGGGCAGCACAUACUGAACUAGCUCUGAUCCAUGCUCAUAACAUGGCCAGUGAGAAGAAUUAUAUUUACUGGCAAGCCUCAAAGAAUUACAUAGAUGGAUUACGAAUUCAGACCCAGCAAGAAAAAGGAAAAAUACACUAAGAUUGUGGAAGUACUAAAAAUAGCUUCUUGGAAUGUAAGAGUGUUAUCUUUCAAAGAACAACAACUCUUAAACGAAAGGCCAAGAAUGAAAAUUAAUAUUGCUAUAAUGAUAGAAACAAAUAAGAAACUGAAAGAAACAAGUAAUUUAGACACGAUGGUCAGAUUUUAAAAGCACUUAAGUGUUUUGAAUGAUUUUACAGGAGUGCAUCAACAGAACUUGGAAGACAAUCUAUUUGUUUGGCUCCUUAUUUGUGAGAAUAAGCUUGCAAGCUUUCAACACAUGUUAAGCAGUUGUUUAAUGAUUCUGAAUGCAUUUAAAUAUGAUUUUUCACGAAAAUAAGACUUACAAGAUUUUAAAAUCUGACCAUCUGAGGUAAAAAAUACACAAAGAGCUGAAAAAUGAGUAGCCAUUACAAUCAACCUGAAGUGUUCACAAAUUGUAGCCCAUUAUAAUUGUAUUAAUGAAAGAAUAAUAGUGCUAAGAUUCCAAACACAAAGAGGACACUUAACAGUUAUUGGGGACAUGCCCCAGAAGUGGAUUAAACGAGAAAACAUGACUUUUAUGAAACAUUACCAAUAGUACUUAACAAGACAUGCACAUGCAACAAUCUCAUAAUUGCAAUAGAUUUGAAUGCUAGAGUGGGUAACCAACUAGUCAAAGAUGUCUUGGGAUGCUUUGAAGAAUCUUAUGUAAAUGAAAAUAGAAAAAAUCUGAUAUUAUUUGCCAGUUUUUACAGCCUGAAAAUUACAAAUAGAUUCUUUAGAAGAAAAGAAAUACACCAAUUCACCUGGAGAGAAAAAACUAGAUCAUUGAUUAUAUAAUUACAAACCAAAACUUCACAAAUCAAGUAAGCAAUAUAAGAGUCUGUUGAGGAUGUGACCUAUCUUCUGAUCACUUUCUGGUAAUGUUGCAUAUCAUCCUUCUGGCAAGAUGGGUGACUUCAGGAAAUUAUCCACGUGACAUCGGGGAAGUCCCCUCUCUGGUUCCCUUACUCCAACUUCCUCACAGAGAUCUCUUUGACCAUGCUCGCCAGUGUUCGCCAGAGCGUGUAUUGGUGUCGCUCCCACGCAGUGUGACAUCUGGACAGCAGAUUGGUCCUGGAGUAACCCGAAAAGAUCCGGGUCUGUGACGUUAUGUUGGGUUGUUAUUCCAGCCAGUUCUAAAGUGCACGGUGCAUCACAUGUUGGUUAAUCAUAUCAAAUCAUACUUGUGCGCCGGGCGGCAUUGCCCGAUUUCUGGUGUGCGGUGGUCCCGUGACCGACGAAACGUUGAUUGUAUCCGAAUCUGAAGAAGAGUUCAUUACCUUCAGUGGACUAAGACACUCCUAAUAAGACUAAAAGCCAGUAAUUUCCUCUUGUGAUGCUUCAAAAUUCGAAAAUGAAAUUUUUACCGCUUUAUAUUACUAUUCUAGUUCCUGUGACAUUAUGUCAGCUUAUAAGCAUCCCGUUGCACCGCAUGAAAUCAACCCGCCAAUUAAUGGCAGAAGUUGGAACAGAUUUAUCCGAUCUUGAAUAUUUUUUGAAGUCUAAACCAAAACCCCAUCGAACAAAUGAUUCAGUCGCUCUUUUUAAAUACAUGGAUAGUGAAUUUUAUGGAAUUGCCCAAUUUGGACAUCCUGGGCAACCUUUCAAAAUGGUGUUUGACACUACUUGGGGGAACACAUGGAUACCUUCUUCAAAAUGUUCCUGGCUCAGCCCACCAUGCUUACUACAUAGAAAAUAUAACUCAAAGGCAUCCUCAACAUAUUACCCAAAUGGAACAACAUUUAAAAUUGAUUUUGGUAAUACAGGAAUUUUAAAAGGCUUUUUAUCAACAGAUGUAUUCAAUAUUGCACAUACUACAGUAGAAAACAUAACAUUUGCUGAAGCAGUGAACAUACCUAUGACCUUUGCUAUGAAUAAAGCAGACGGUGUUUUAGGUCUGGGAUUUAGUAGCAUAUCAGUUGAUGGUGUAACUCCAAUAUUCUACAGUUUACUACAACAACGAGCUAUUGCUCAACCUGUUUUCUCAUUUUAUUUUAAUAGAGAUCACACUUCUGAAAGAGGUGGUAAUCUAAUAUUGGGAGGAUCAGAAGCUAAACACUACAAUGGAUCCUUUACAUACUUUACAGUUACCGAGAGGGGAUAUUGGAAAAUUAAAAUGGAUCGCAUGGAGGUAGAUACAGGAAAGAAAACUGUGGGUGAGUGUGUAUCUGGUUGUGAUGUAAUAUUGGACACUAGUACUAUUACAAUACGUGUUCCUAAUGAAACUGCAAAAAAAUUAAAUGAUUUAUUUGAUGCAACAAGUGAAUGGCUCGGUCGUACCCGGGUUCCCUGCAAUUUAAUUCAAAAGUUUCCUCCACUAUCUUUUGUAUUCGCAGAAAAAUAUUUCAUUGUUGAAUCACAUGUUUACAUUCAAAAGGUGAAUGUACUUGGAGUAACAUUUUGUCUAUCUCCAUUUGUUGCUUGGGACUACAAUUCAACUCGUGAAACAUGGGUUAUUGGAGGUGCUUUUAUGAGUCAGUACUACACUGAAUUUGAUUUAGGAAAAAAUCGUGUUGGAUUUGCUCUUGCAAGAUAAAUAAAAAUUUGCUACUUGAUAAUUUGUUCUUCAUGAUGUGUUUUGUAUACUUUUUAUUAUAUAAUAUACCAUAUUAUUUUUGAAUUUGCCCUUGAUUGUAUACACUAUUUGUAGGUAUUGAAAGAAUCAUGUACAUUGGUACUUGAAAUAAAUAAGAUGGUAGAGUGAAAGAGAUUCUACUCUUUUUUAAUGUAUAAAUCAAACUAUGUUUAAAACUUCUAAUACAGAAAGGUUAAUAUUUAGCUGUUGCCUUCAAUACUAAAGAAAAAUAAUCUUAAAAUAUCACAGUCGGAAAUUGGGGGAUCGUCUUAUAUUCGUAAAUUAUGCCUACUCGAUUAGACUUUAUAUUUUUAUACUGCCUUUUGAUGUUCCAAAAUACGUAAAUGUUGAAGAAGCAUCAGCUGUGAAGACUAAAUAUAUUGCACAUAUCUGUAAUAAGUAAUUAUUUGUAUUCUCUGCAUCUAACACGAAUUUGCUGGUCAAUUAAGACCGAUAUUUUUGAAUGAGACAUUAAUGAGAGAUUCUUAAAAAAAAAAUGGCAUUGUAUCAAAUGAAGCGUAAAGUAAAAAUGAAUGCACAGAUUUUGUUACACAAUGAAGUUACAAGGAGGCCGCGUGGAAUUUCAGUUCAAUGCCCUUCGGGUGCAAAUCAGCAAGAGAAAAAAAAAUCACAUUAAUAGACAUAUGCAUUUUACAUAAAACCACUGAAAAAGGGCUAUAAAGAAAAAUUUUCUUAGUAAAAACUACCCAAAACUGGAAAAUUUGUCACUAUUUCCCAUCCAUACUAUUACCUGCAAAACAGAAUCAGACUUGUACUAGUUCGGUGUUCACUACUUGAUCACAUAAAUAUUAAAUAAUACUAAUUUCAAAUUCUCGUAUAUUGCCCAUCAACAAAAGUGGGGCAGAUAGAAAAUCCAGUGACACUGAGGGAAUGUUCGUAGGUGGCGUUAGAUGAAAGACUGAACAACGCAAAAUCAGCACACAACAUUCAGAGGCACCUAAAAAGUCACGAGAAUAUCACAGCACGAAUGGAAAAUCAAAAAGAAAGAAACAUUGACAUGUGAAGAUGAUUAGGGUAGUGACAAAAAACAUGAUUAUGAUGAUUUUAAGGAAAAAGAAAAUGAUAGUUCAUGCAAUAAGUCUAACAUCCUCAUCAACAAGUCAAUUUUAUAGUCAGUGAAACAAUUUGCAAUUUUAAAUUGACUAAAUAGAAAGAAUUAGUCGAAAAUUUAAAAAAAGUUCUCA